AUGGUGUUUACCCUAUUCGUCCCUCCAUUUGAACGAGAACUGGAGGACCGAGAAGAAGAGGAGCUGGAUGAUCGGCCCCCAGAGCUUGACGAAGAACUUGAGGAGCUUGAAGAACCCCCGAAAGACGAAGACGAGCCGGAUGUCUUUCCGCCAGAGCUAGUCCCGCCCGACGACGAGCUACUUGUCCUCCCUGUUACGCACGUCAAUUGUGAGAUCGUGAAGGUUUCGGUGCAGGAUCCAACUCACCACCCCUGCCUUUUCCACCACCACCUUUUCGUCGGAAAAGCUUUCUUCGUGACACUUCCCAAGAAAACGACGAAAGACCUGGAAUCCACAUCGGCGGGGGAAAGACAAGAGGAGAUUGGCGUGUCGUAG